UGUAAGCAGACAGGAUGCGUGUUUCUCACUAAGUGAGGCUUAUCUGCCUCAGUCUGACCCCGUCCUGUCUUGCUGUCCAGUAUGCUGUGUCUGUGGCUCCCCGGAGGCUCCUGCAUGGCAGCUGUGACAGUGACACUGAUGGUGCUGAGCCCUCCCCUGGCUUUGGCCAGGGACACACCGUGUUUCUUGGAGUAUAUCAAAUGGGAAUGUCAUUUCUCCAAUGGAACUGAGUAUGUUCGGAUGGUGGUCAGACACAUCUACAACCAGGAAGAGUUCCUGCGCUAUGACAGUGACCUGGGCAAGUUCCUGGCGGUGACUGAGCUAGGACAGCAGGAGGCCAAGGACUGGAACAGCAGGAAGGACCUCCUGGAGCAGAGGCGCUCACAGGUGGACACCUUGUGCAAACACAACUACAGGGUUGGUGAGAGGUUCACUGUGCAGCGGAGAGUUGAGCCCAAGGUGACCGUGUACCCCACAAUGACCCAGCCCCUGCAGCACCACAACCUCCUGGUCUGCUCUGUGAGUGGCUUCUACCCAGGCCACAUGGAAGUCAGAUGGUUCCGGAACGGGCAGGAGGAGGAGGCUGGGGUGGUGUCCACAGGCCUGAUCCGGAAUGGAGACUGGACCUUCCAGACCCUGGUCAUGCUGGAAACUGUUCCUCGGAGCGAAGAGGUUUACGCCUGCCAGGUUGAGCACCCGAGCUGGAGCAGCCCUGUCACGGUGGAGUGGAGUGAGUGGGAAACCCCUCACCUCAUAAGUUCCCCUCCAGCCCACAAUUCCCUGAGUGUGAAUUUUCUCCUUGCAGUACAGUAUUUGCAUUUGCUCCAUCUUCUCAUCUUCAGGACAAUUGAUGGAGGCAGAACUGGGAGAGUUUCUACAAACACUUACGCACCUUUGACAGGGAACUGCCUGUCAUGGGGAAGAGAAGUGUCCCUGUUUUGAACCUUCUCAUGCUAUCACUGCUCAUAUUCGCCCACUGGCCCUAUCUCCAGACCCUGCCUCUAGGUUGGGUCUGUGCUUUCGAGGUUCCUGCUCUGUGCUGGUCAUUGUGGCCUAGGAAAAGGAGCAAUGCAGGGUCCUCGUGACAGGAGAGGAGUCUAUCCUCAACUCUGCCUUUCAUGAGCUCUGGCAUCCUAGACCACUACUCAGCCUCACUGAGCUCCAGACACUGCACACAUCCAGGGAGAUUGUGGGGCUGUGAGCUUCCAAUGAAUUCAGUGCAGGAGUGCCACACCCACUCAAUGUGAUUUUUAGAUCUUCCUUCCCAAGAAUGGUUAACUCUAGCUUUUCAGUGCAGGAAUCUUUCCUCCAUCCUUAAAAUUCUGAAUCUUAGGGUCUCAGAGAGAGAACCUGGAUUUGGGGUUAAAAAAAAAUCCCUAAACCUGGCAUCUUCCCUCAGGCACAUAGUCUGGAUCUGCGCAGAGCAAGAUGCUGAGUGGAGUUGGGGGCUUUGUGUUGGGUCUGCUCUUCCUUGGGUCGGGGCUGUUCAUCUACUCCAGGAACCAGAAAGACAGAUUUGCUUUCCCUAUGAGGGACCAUAAAGGGGAUGAGACAUGAAACAGAUAGUGAGAAAGAUUUCUGGAUGAAAAGUUCUGAUCAGGUAGCUGCACUAAACCUUCUUUGCUCCACUUAAAAAAAAAAAAUCCUGUGCCCUGAAGUAGCACUGCCUCAGGGAGUUUAAAAGUUUUGUUUUUUUUUUUUCUUUUCUCACUGCAGCACUAUCCUGAGAGAGGAGAGAAGAAGCAUUCAGAGAGAGAUCUGGAAACACUGUUGUCUUCUGUCCCUGCAGGACACCUGAGCUAAAGAGAUGGUGAAGCUCUGAAGGAAGGACCUGUGUCUCUGCUUCUCUACUCAUGACAGGCUUCCUGCCUGGCUCUCAUUCUCCCACAGGGAGAGGCUGUCCUAGGAUCCAGGACCAUAUGGGGGAACAUGUCCUCCCUGCCAGUUCUGACAAACCAUCCUCCAGACAUUGGGAACUGGGCCUGAUUUCAUGGGAAAAGAAGGAACGAUGUCAUGUUUUUUCUGAGAGAAAGUAAUGAUUAAAAGAGAAUGAGUCAGGGAUAAGGAAA